AUGCUGGAGAUUAUGAAGUCCAGUUUAAAGGCCCUGGAAAUACUGACAGGCUGUUAUAUUCUGAUACAAGGAAACACUGUUGCUUCAAUGGGUUCAUUUAAAGGAUUAAAGACAGUUAGGAGGAUUGUGGAAGACUGCAUUGAGAAUAAAAUGCAUCCGAUAUUUCAUAUCAAGAUUCUCAUGGUGAGGAAAGAACUUGAAAAGGAUCCAACACUUGCACAGGAGAACUGGGACAGAUUUCUUCCAAAGUUCAUGAAGAAAAAUGUUAAUCAACCCAAACCUAAGCAAAGUAAAAAGAAGAAGCCAGAAUAUACACCCAUACCACCUCCUCAACCACCAAGCAAGGUUGACAUACAAUUGGCAACUGGAGAAUACUUUCUGAGUGACAAAGUAAAAUCGGAAAAGAAGUGGAAAGAGCAGCAGGAGAGACAAGCUGGAAAAACAGCAGAAAAUAAGCGAAAAAGAGAAGCUGCUUUUGUUCCUCCAGAGGAGCCUGCAAUACAGCAUAACAAAUCAGAUGACGGUAACAAAGAUGUUGCUGCCCUGGCCACGUCUCUGAAGAAAAAAGCAAGAGAGUACGGAAAUCAAAAGUUGAUUGAGAACGUAAAUCCAGAAGCAUAUCUUGCAGGAUCUGGAGUACCUUCAAAAAAGAAAUCCAAGAAAUCCAAGGGCUCAAAAUCUUAGAUAUUCUGAGGUGGGUGUGUGAUAUAUAAGCUCAAAAGAUGGGUUGCUUGUUGGACGUGUGUAAUCUGUUCAAACUCUGGUCGGAUGGUUCGGUAGUGUUCGGAAGUGCGUCCCAAACCUUCUGCUUUAUCUCGUUAAUUUAUUAAGUGUUGGCUCAGUUUCUGAUUUGGCCAGAUUUUGUCCAGUGUGCAAGCAAAUGGCUCGACUUAGAAAUCAGUAUAUUCAAAUUCUGACCUAUUAUAUGUGGAAUGAAUCAAUGAUUAGGUUCUUUUUGCAUUUC